AUGAGGGAGCUGUGGGUGGCUUUGUUGCUUGUGGUGGGGUGCAGCCUGGGUCAGCAGAAAGGAGGGCCCAGGUCUGUGCUACGGUGUCAGCUGUUUCCAGGGCGACUGAGGCAGCUGGAUGCAGGUCAUGGCGGGGUAUAUGGGGUGGGCUUUGACAAUCAGGCCAAGAGGCUGGUGGGGAUGUGCUGGGUGCCACUGGAUGGUCUGAUGAAACAUGUCAGCGUAGGUCCUUCGGGUGUUUGGGGGACUGAUCAACAAAACAACUUCUACAAACUGGAUGAGGACACCUGGACUCAGAUUCCAGGGGAGCUGGAGCAGGUGGAUGCAGGGGGCAUAGGUUUCCUGACGGGGGUAAAGCACUGUCACCUUGCCUACUGUGCAGACACUACAGCUGGCACACAGAGUUUCAACUGGACCCUGCUGCCUGGCAAGUUACAAUACCAGUCCUGUGGACCCCAGGCCUGCUGGGGCGUGGGCGAGGCUGGAGAGGUGUAUGUGAGGACGGGCGUGCGGGCAGGAGACUGCGCAGGCACUGUGGGAUUGGUGGACACAAAGCCCUGCAUGGCCAAGGUGGAGGUGGGCUCCGACGGCUCCGUGUUUGGGCUGAGCUCCAUCGGAGUGCCUUACGAGAGAGUUGGCAUCAGUACCAGUAACCCACGUGGGACAGGAUGGGUGCGUCUGCGUGGUGUGGAGGCCAUCCACAGCCUCUCCUAUGAUCGAUGCACUCUCUGGCUCGUCAACUACCUGGGCCAAGUUCGCCGCUGCUUCAGAGUGCCAAGCAAGAAAUAG